AUAAUACCUGAACAGAAAUGAAAGAAACACAACUUGCCCUGGUGUUACCUUAAGGGGAAGAAGUUCUGGGGUGCAAGAGCCGGUGGUGUAGCAGCACAAGAUUUUCUACUUUAGCACAGACUCAGUCUGCAGGGCUUCAUUAGCUCUGUCACCAGAAGAAACAACCCCACAGAAAGAUUGCUUCAGUGUUAUCCACGAAAGUGUUGGUGUCUAAGUGAGUCAUUGUGGUUUUAGGGAGGUAUAUUUGUACAAGCAGAAGUAAAAAACACACCGAGACCCUCCACUGGAGAUUAGUGUGCCCCCUCGGAUGUUUUGUGGUCAGCUUGAUUUUAAAAAAUGGCAGAAAUUGAAGGGCCAAUGAAAAACCGUUGUUAAUUAAACAUGAAAGGUGCUGUCCUUGUUUGGACUGUCUGUUAAUGGUAUGACAAGCUCUGGUAAAGAGCUUAGCUGGCCAGAUUAAAAUUAAAAAAUUGUCUCAGUCCAUCUGCUAGCUCCAAGGAGUUUACUUCCAUCACCUUUUCUUGUUUCUUCACUGAAGCGGAAUACUGUCUUUGAAGAGAAAAUUUCCAGGAUGUCUUGAUUGACUUUUUUUUUACCUAAUGUUUUUUCCAAAGACAAUUUUAUGUGACAUCAAGACAUUUUCAAGAAGUGCAAUGCUCUUGAUUGGAUCAAGGAGACAUUAGAGACAACAGCUCUUUUGCUAAAAGGGGAUUUUCUUAUUUUCCUUGUUUGUUUUUUUUUUUUUUUGAUACAAAUAAGUAUGUUUGGCUUCACUUGGAAAAUGUUUCUUUGCCUUCUGAUUUUGGAAACGAUUAAAGGUCAUCUUCAAAUAGUUGCAGCAGAAGUUUAUUCAGCUGUAGGAGGAGGACAGGCUAAAGAUGGUUCACCAACCCCUCAGCUCAGUGACUGGCAGUUGGCAAACCCUUCUCAGCUUCCUGAGUUGAAAAAGCUUAAUGGUGUCGUGAAGGCUGAACAGGUCAACCAGCAUUUAUUGUUACGAAGGAAGCGGUCCAUUCUGUUUCCCAGUGGAGUUAAGAUCUGCCCUGAUGAAUCUGUUGAGCAGGCUAUUGCCAACCAUCUGAAAUAUUUCAGGCUCAGAGUAUGUCAGGAGACAGUCUGGGAGGUCUUCAAGACAUUCUGGGAUAGACUGCCAGAGCGUGAAGAGUAUCACACCUGGAUGAGCCUGUGUGAGGAAGGAACGAUGAGUACCUUUGAAAUAGGCACAAACUUCAGUCAGUCUGAGGAGCACCGGAGUCUGAUUGUGAAGAAACUGUCCUAUACAAAGGAAGCAAUGGGCAGCUCCUGCACUGAUUGGUCAUGUAGCCAAGGUGGUCCAGAGCAUCACUCAUGCAGCAGUAGUGGGACUCCAACUCCAGCUUCGGAUGCUGAUGUUACCACAUUAAGAGAUGCUGCUGCCAAUGUUCCUCCCCCCCAUGAGAUCUCCAUUGAGAGUCCUGUGGGCGGUACUGUCCGCGAAAUCGAAGAUGCAGACACUACUAUUAAUAAUGAGAUAAAGAAACAAGAUGAGAAGGUAGCAAGACCUGUGAGUGAACAGAUGAUUGAGUUUAGCAUUUUGAUUGAUAGUGAAGAGUACAGUGUGGAUCUGAGUGACCCAACUUCUGCAAAACAUCAACUACUCUCCGAACAAUUCAUUUCUCAGAUCGAAAGUGUAUUUGAAGAACUACCUGGAUACAAAAGCAUUCAUGUCCUGGAUUACAGGUCUCCUGAGGACGACAGUGGGGUGGAAGUUCACUAUGCUGUCACCUUUGAUGGAAAAGCCAUCAGCAAUGCCACCUGGGACCUGAUUAACCUCCAUUCCAACAAAGUGGAGGACAACUCCUUUAUGGGCAUAGAGGAUAAUCCAACAGCUGUGUAUACCAUCAGUGAUUUCCGAGAUUAUAUUGCUGAAAUCCUCCAGAAAAAUGCUUUGCUUGAAAACACUUCCUUGUCUUUAGACCCUAACUCUCUUCAACUUACUAAUGUGAAAGAAAUACUACACUCUACACCGGAAGACCCAUCCUGGAUUACUGAGUAUCCAGUUGUUCCGGAGCGUCCAGAUUUUGAUGACAGCACCUUUUUAGCUGAACGGCCUUCAGCAGAUGAAUCAACUGUCAGCAAUACCUUGCCCUUUGAUUUCACCAAACCGGAUUCCACUUCAGACAGUGAACAGUCCAAUGAUAAUGAAAUCUGGCCAAGACCAGAAAAUCUGGACUCUGAAGCUAGUUUGGCGCCCGAAGCUCCGCUUUCCUCAGAGGCUGACAUCACUUCUCUGCCUGAUGGGCUGAAUUUAGAGGAUGGGAAUCAGACUCCUCAUCUGGUCACUGCACCAGUGUUAGCACAUGAUUCUGUGGACUCCCUGGAAUGGCUUUCAGCCUCUGAUUCUUUAGAUGUGUCUGAAGAUACUGAACUAUCUGAAAACCUUUUGCCUUCAAGUCCUCCUCCUCACCUUGUGCCUGACGAAUCUCUGUCUACAGAUGAUUAUGCUGUUCCUCUGCUUUCUACACCAACAGUGGCCUCUUCAUCAGUCAUAGAGACUGAUAUUAAAGAAAUAGUGUCUGCUGAGAAGGAAGAAAUAAGUCUUGCAGGCAGUAGCAAUGCAGACUCUGUGCCACGUGGGUCUGUGGAAGAAACUAAUUUUCCCUUAGAAGUACACCCUAUGGAAGAAGAAACUGAUAUAUAUCUUGGAGACAGAGUUAUAUAUGAUGAUGGAUCUGGUUCAGCUAUUGAUGGUUCGGGAAAAGAAAUGGAAUCAAGUAUUUGGCCUUGGGAAGAAGCAACACUGGAACCAGUUUUUUACCCUGGUCCUGAUAGCUGGCUUGAAGAUGACAAUGAGUCUUUGUUAAUCAGAAACGAGGAUAUUCCUGAAGGCAUGAUCUUAGACUAUAUCCUUAACUCUGGGAAUAAAUUAGAUGAUGAUCCUUCCAAAGGUGAGAAUGAAGGAAUGGCCAAUACAAAAGAAGAUUUCCUUGAUGAGUCUGAAAUAUUUGUCUUUCCAGAGACUACAGCUCAACAAGUACCUGUGUUACAGACAGAAGAGCCAUCAUCUGUGGAACCAUCUACACAGACAGAAACAUUUGGCAUGCAUGAUUCUUCUUUUGUUAAACCAUCCUUGGCUUUGGAGCCUUCAGUGGACCAUUCCUUUGUAGACAUACCAACUGGAGAGGCACCUGUUUCACUGUACAAUACAGGUCUGCCUGUGGAAGAAAGUGUCCUUACACCUACAGGGACGAUCAGUAUGGGGCAACUUGAAGAGUCCAGUGUAGGUCAGAACAUAAUUUCUGAAGCAACUGAACACCAAAAUGAAGACGGGACAGUGGUGGGAGAACUAUUCACUGUGGGGCAGUCAGAUGUAACUGAAGCUGCUACAAUAGGCUACUUGGACACAAGCUCUUCAGAAACUAUUCUAACUGCAGAUCUUUCCAUGGUAACGUCUGCUUCCACAGUGUACCCUGAUGAUUCCACAGAAGAGCAGCAUACCCUAGAUUCAUCAUUGGCAAGCCAAGACACUACUGGAACAGGAGUGAAGAAUCUAGCUGAUGUUUGGCCUACCAAUAGAGCAUUAGAAAACUCAUUAGAUCAGACAGUGCCAUCGGUAAUGCUGAUUGCCACUCAAGUUUCAACUGUAGGUCCUUCUGUAAUAGAUGAGACCACUGUUCCAGAGGGCUUUGCUGUGCAGGGUGGUACAGACCAUGACAUGCAGGUUUCCAAGAGCUCCAGCAGUGUUACGAAUUCUUAUGUGACAAUGAGUGUACCAACAAGCACUGUUGAGCUUCCAUCCCUUCUCCUUCCUGUGGAAUCUACAACGUCAUCACCUAUGGCUUCCUCAACAAUACUAGGAGAUGAAACAACGAGAGUUCUGGAUGUUUCAGUAGACCUGGAUCACGUGAGCACUAUCCACUUUUCUCCUGAGCUGACUGAGGAGGGAAGGAGCAUGACUGAAAGUCACAUGGAGCUAACAACUCAUGUCCAGUCCACAGAGAUGGCCAGUGUGGCCUGGGCCACACAUGAAAAUCAGAAUAGUUCUCCUGUCCCAUCACGAGCUCUAGUUGUAUUUUUUAGUCUUCGGGUUACCAAUAUGAUGUUUUCAGAGGAUCUGUUUAAUAAAAACUCCCCUGAGUACAAAGCAUUGGAGCAGCGAUUCUUGGAACUGCUGGUGCCCUACCUUCAGUCAAAUCUGACAGGCUUCCAGAAUCUAGAAAUCUUGAACUUCAGAAAUGGCAGCAUCGUGGUGAACAGUCGAAUGAAAUUUGCCAAACCUGUGCCUCGGAAUGUCACCAAUGCUGUGUACAUGAUCCUGGAAGACUUCUGCAACACUGCAUAUCACACCAUGAACCUGGCCAUUGAUAAAUACUCCUUGGACGUGGAAUCAGGUGAACAAGCAGAUCCCUGCAAGUUCCAGGCCUGCAAUGAGUUUUCUGAAUGUUUAGUAAAUCGCUGGAGUGGGGAGGCCGAGUGCGUCUGCAAUCCUGGCUACUUAAGCAUUGAUGGGCUGCCAUGCAAUAGCAUUUGUGAUCUGCAACCAAACUUUUGCCUGAAUGAUGGGAAGUGCGACAUAAGCCCUGGGCAAGGGGCCAUCUGCAGGUGUCGUGUGGGAGAGAACUGGUGGUACAGAGGGGAGCAUUGUGAAGAAUAUGUGUCUGAGCCAUUGGUUGUCGGUAUUGCGAUUGCUUCCGUGGCAGGUUUUCUUUUGGUGGCAUCUGCUGUCAUCUUCUUCUUGGCCAGGACCCUUCGAGACCAGUACACGAAGAGUGACACUGAGGACUCGCAGGGGCAGGGUGACAGCCUCUCUUCCAUUGAGAAUGCAGUGAAAUACAACCCCAUGUAUGAAAGUGAUACAACUGGCUACAGCCAUUAUUACCGGAGAUACCCUCAGCUAACGUCCUACAGUUCUACCAGUGCAGAGACAUCCACAGAAUACAGCAGUGAAGAGAUCAGGCACAUUUAUGAAAAUAGCGAGCUUACUAAGGAGGAAAUUCAGGACAGGAUUCGAAUUAUAGAGCUCUACGCUAAAGAUCGUCAGUUUGCAGAGUUUGUUAGGCAGCAUCAAAUGAAGCUGCUUUAAGAAAAAAGAAAUCAGUAGAAUGCAUGUGAGAGAUAACGACUGCCUUAUUGCCAUAGCAAUGGGCUCAGAUGUAACUGCAAAGUUACUUAUAGUCUUAACAUUGCAUGGAUGGAUACAGAUGUUUUCUAAAUGAAUGGCUAAAAUGUACAGAUGUCUGUUUAUCUCAAUUACUUCUGGCUUUUCUGCAUAAAGUGACAUUUUUAAGAGGUGAUCAAAAGUGGCAGAGGUUAUGAAAGUUCAUUUUUCUUUAACUCUGAAAUGGACAGUGAACGUUUGUAUAUCAAGGCAAAAGAGUUCCUCAGGUAAGAGGAGACACAUGCACAAUCAAAAUAAAAUGCACAUUUAAAAUCCCUUUCUGGCAUUUAUCCCCUCACUGGAGGUUACUGUAGUGAUUUCACAAGUAAAAGGCACUAGUGCAAAGAAAUGAUUUGCACACAAAUGAUUUGUAAUGGAGAACUGUUGUGCUAGAAUGACAUUAGCAUUAUUUUAAACCACUCCCUUGAUAAACACAAACAAACUCACCUGAAAAAUGUUUUUUGUGUACAGAUGCCCAACAUACAUUUUACCACCUGACAUUAGCAAAAUGGAACAUAGUACUGAGCCUGCAGGCCUCCUAAAGACUCUCACCCGUCAGUAGUGACUUCAUGGAGUACCUCAGCAAGGCAGAGUAGUACUUCUGCAGUACAGUAGAGUGUUUUUAAAGCCAGGAUAGUUGGUUCUCCAGCUGUUCCUGACAGGCACACGAGCUGGGGUACAGAAAGGCUUCAAUUAUACAAGUAUUCCAUGAAGGUUAAGUGACUAACAUUGGCUUUUUUUUUCUAUGUAGACAACUUGUUUGAUAUCUUAUACAUUAUUAUGUGUUAUUUAUUUGUUGUGUGUUUUCCUACCGGCUUGUUUUCAUAAUGGAUUUAAUUGUUGAAAUAGAACUAUGAAUAGCUUAAUGAUUAAAUACUGCAGUGGCAUUUAUGCCAGCCCUUUUAAAAAACAUAUUUAGUCGUUACUCAAUGUUGAAUUCAGCCAACUAAUAUUUGAAUUUUCUUUACUGAACCGUGGAAUAGCCUACCAUGAGCUCCAUUUCAAAAUUAGGCUCUGGUAUUUAAGUGCAGGCAUAUUUGGGAUGGCAGCAAUUUCUGGGAAGGGAAGGGAAAACAUGAGAGUAUUCUUGGCUUAGUGGAAGUCAAUGUAGAGUUCCUUAAACAGAAGUAGUCAGCCUGAAGCAUUUUAAAAUAGCUGAAUUGAGAUGGGGACUUUCUGAGGUACAGAAACAGACUUUUAUGUAGAAGUUACAAAGAGAGUUGUGACUAUAUGUAAAGGCGUGUUGGGGGUCUGUUCAGUCUCUUGUUUAAGGCAUUAACACAGCUGUCAGGGUUAGGGCACCUAAUAGUCUCACAUUAGCUUCUGCUAGCAAACAAGGCCAAGUUAUUCUUUAUUUCUACAAAGUCUGUAGUUCUUGGCCCACAUGUGCCAACAGCCACCUGAUACUUUUUAGAGUUAAGUGACAGUGAGAAUUAAGUACUCGUCUGUAGGUGGCUUACUUAAACAAGGGAAGAUUUCAAUGCAAUUCUUCUACAUGUUCUGGAGAACCUCACUGGAUCACUGGCAUAGUAUCUACUUGCCUUGAAUGGCAGGGAAUGGGUGCCAGAGCCACACAUCUGUCAAAGAAAUGCUUACAUAAACCACUGUAAGCCCAGACGACGCAAGACAUCAGGAAGUAACACGGUGCUACUGAAUAUUGUUGUGACCAGAUGUUAUGAGAUUGUGCUCCAUUGCGCAGGGUGACCGAAGGGCUCCCUGAGCAGCUGAUCCAGAGUUCCUGAGGACCAGCCUAAUCCCUCCUGCCCCUCCAGCAGCACAGCUGAGCCAUCCUGUUACACCAAGGCCUUGUGAUAAUGGUAACUGUUAAAGAGAGAAAUACCGGGCUCAGAGUAGGCAUCAACUUAUGACUUGUUUCCAAGCAACAGCGCUACCAAAUCUGGGAGCCAGCUUCAGUGCUGUUCCUGCUAAGUGCAGCAGUAGAUGGUGCCUAGGAUCAGGCAUGGUUUCAAAGUAUUGUAGUAUUUGCUGUGCACAAGCUGAAGAGGGUCUUGGUUACACUGAGUAUGAAGUAUUUCAGUGCAUAUACAGUGAAUCUUUUCUUUGUCUGUGUAUGUAUAUAUAUGGACAUAAUGGUAUCUUAUUUUCACUACAAUAAAACAUUAUUUCCAAUUAAUGUAGAGACUGAGUUUGAUACGAAGAAAGAAGGUAUCACUUUACCAAUUGUGCAUAGAGGAUUAGAAAGUUUGUUGUUGGUUUUUUUUUGUUGUUGUUGGUUUUUUGUGUUUGUUUUUUUUUUUCUAAAUAGAGUUUGUUAAGCUGUUAAACUUCUUUGCUAACAAAAGUGCCAAAUAUAGCUCAUUAUCACUGGCGAGGUUAUAUUCUGAAAAUUCAUGCUGGAAGACAUAGAACAGAGUGUUUUGCUUUCAGUUAAGCAUUUUGUCCAUUUUGAAGAUGUUUCAGCUCUAAUCAAAGAGCCAAACCAUGUUGUUACUUAGGAGACCUAGAAGUCUUAAAAAACCCAAAACCAAAUACCCCCCCCUCCAAACUUCAAACCUCUUCAUCUAAAAUGUUUGAUGAUGCAUCUUACAGCAUGCCAAGGACUUAAUGUACUUACUUUCUUUGAUACUUUCCCAAUCCAAGGCAGACACAGAGAACUUUAAAUAUUCUAACAAAACAACCCCCCACCAAACCUCCAAAUAAAACAAACCAACUGUGUAUGCAAACCUCUCAGUACUUGUUACCAGUUAACAUGCAGUUUUUCAGUUGCUAGAGGUAAAAAGUGCAAGUUUGAAUGAUGUGGCUUAAUUUAAUAACAUCAACAGAAGAAGUUUACAGAAAACUGACAGGACUAUUGGGUUCUGUGGCCUCCCUCAAGGCCUGAAGCACAGAAGAAAAUGAGGCCUUGCAGGACACUACCAGCAGCCUCUUUAAAAGAUUAUCUCAAACAUACAGGAACCAGUUUUGGACCACAGUGCCAUGUCCUGUAAAAACCACUGGGGCCAAGUUCUGCCUGUACCAUCUCAGGGAUCUCUCAAGGUCACCAGUUCCCACUGGUAGAAUUCUGCCAUGGUUGGAAAUUCAGAGCUGCAAGACCGCCAGCAUCUUAGGAACUGUGUGCUUGCCCAUUAUUGGGAGCUUUUUAGUGAAGGACAGAGCUUUCCCAGCAAAAAAAUACUCAAUUACUCCAUAUCUUUUAGUUAUUCUGCCAUGGUCCUCGCUGUGUACUUUAUGUACUGCUGGGAAAUGACUGCGUCCCAGAAAACAGAUUUUCUCAUGUCCUCAGAUACAACUGAAACUACAAUUUUCUCCUAUCUCCUCCAAAACAAGGAAGCAUGAAUAAGGUUAGACUUUUAAGAACUUAUAGAUCAAUUACUAAAAUGGAAAAAAAAACCUUUAACAAUCAAGACUUCCAUUUACGUUCCUCAACAGACCUGCUGGAACUGGUUCUUGUUGUGAAAGACUGUAAAAAGAGCAUGACAGGACUCUUGAGUACUGUCCAUACAGAGUCUGUGGAGAGCAGGCAUGCAAGGUGCUAGAGCUCCAGCACAGGGACAGUCAUCUAAUCCUAUUAAAACACAAAGCAAAAAUAUUGACCAAAGUCAAUUUAUCUGUCUACUUAUAAGCACUGUAGGGCAGAUACAGACUGACUUUGUACAGCGUAUGGAAUGUGACGGGGCAUAAUUUCUAUUUAAAUAUUAGUAUAAAGCACACAGCAAUUUUCUUGGUGCUUUGUCUACUUGAAAUGUACUGUAACACCAGCAGCAUUUCUGUCUUAUCUUUCCACUACUUGAUCCCUUUUGGGAACAAGUGCUUUAUGUUCUAUAUAAGAUUAAUGCGUUUGCUUUGGUGUCUCAACUGAAAAAUAAAUAAUCCAAAGCUAUUUCUGGGCCAGGAAAGAGAAUUUUUUCAUUUCUCAGUCCAAAUGGUGAAGUUUUGGGUUUGCCACAUUCAACUAGUUGGCUCUCCUACUCCAGGUUAUUAAUGACCCUCAGGAAUUUUGAGUUCCUAUUCUCUUGGAUUCUUGCCCAUGUUGCUGCUCACCCUCCUUGCUAGGUCACUGACUGCACUUAGCAAUGUGAAACACACAGCAGCAAGCUCUGCUUGGAGGAUGACAGCAGGUUGCAGGACUAAGAUGACAGCUUGCUUGAGGUGCUACAGCUGUUCAGAAGGAGCCAGCUGAACACUACCUAAAACCCAGCAUUUUCAGUUUUCCUGUGUUUGCAAUUUAACACAAACCUAGGUUUCAACUCUUAUUUGUUUCAGGAUAAAGAAUACCCUCAACACUAGAAUUUUGUGGGACACUUACCAAUUUUUUUUUUAAAGUCAAUUCAACCAUCAGCACAUCUAAGGUAUAUGUUUAUGUAUUAAUUAUAUAAGUUGGAGUAAACUACACUGGAAGCCUGAGCUUUUAUACAGGGACACCCUCCCCACUCCAGUCACCAGCUCUCAUUUAUACAACCAAAACAACAAAAAAUAGUAUCUGUCUUGAAUCACUGGAGAUUGAAAUGUUAUUCAAAAGUCUCAUAUUAAAUCAGAGUUAUUGUUAACUGGAGUUGUGAUUGCAUCUCCACAGCUGAUUACCAGAUGGGGAAACUAUGCCUUUCUGGAAAGGCUGACGUAGCUUGAACAGAAAUGAAAGCAGGAACAAUAAUGGAUAUGGCCAUACAUCAAACCUUUAUGCAGUAAUGCAGGCAUGUAGCUGGAUAAAAGAGGGUAAGGGAAGAGACAGACUCUUGGUGGUAAGCAUACAAGAAUCUUAAGAGUGAAAGACCUCCAUCUACUCACAGGAGACAGCUACAAAGAAACUCACUUAGCUCCAUCUAAAGAGGAUUACGUAGCCAUUCAAUGAUCUCUCAUCCUAGAAAGUGAGGGCGAUACAAAGCGCUUCUAGCAGCAGUGCUGAGCUCAAGUCUCCUAGUAUGACCUACAGGUAACUGCUGGCUGCAGUUCACUGUUCACAGCUCCAGCCAUCUGCUCAGAAAGGGAGUGGCUGUUCUUCCUGUCCCUGUUUUUCAAAGGGUUUUGAUCCAUGGAAAUAAUUUAUACAGUUGUCCAAUAAACCAGACACUCCUUCACAGUUGGUUUUUGUUUGUUUGUUUGUUUGUUUUUUCCUGCUAUUUCUUAUUUAAAGUUUUGUUAAAAAAAAAAACAAAGACAAAAACCCAAGAAAAUCAAUCAAGAAAACCUUCGCCUCCUUAUGUUUUCAGGGUUUGCUUUCUAACUGCUCCCCCUAGGCCUGGAUGGAAAUCCACGGCCGUGGUGGGAAGGCAGUGUGGUUCUACAGAGGUCUGCCAUAAGGAGUUCUCAUUUUUGCUUCUACCCACCGCACCAGCAUUUAUAACGUCAGCUCACGCAUACCUGCUUUAAAAACAUCAAACCAACCAACCAAUCUCCCACUGAAAUAUCCUCCCAAGGCGUGCAGUGACCUUAACUGGGAACCUCAUACAUUUGGAGACUCAGCUUUCAAGAAAUUCAGAUCUUUUGCAUUAUACACACAGCUCCUGAUAGAACAAAUCCUGUGUAGUGCAACACUGAAUACAGCAAGCUAACAGAAAGCAGAAUGAGUAGGUAGAUGAUUUAGGAAUAAGACCGAUGGCAAGUGUUUUGGGGCCAUCUCUCAGCACACCAUGACUCCACUAACAUUGUUGAAAGUGAAAAGCAC